AUGUCUGACAAUACGGCGGAGGAGGUGGAAUUGCAGAUGGAGGAGGACGAUGUCACGAAUGACGACGUCCUCCGCAACAGCGAGCGGUUUUUACGCUGCAGGAUGACAGACGUCCUCCCUGUUGUUCGCUAUGUCCCGGCAAUGGACGCUGCAUCCACGUGUGCACCGGAGCCUGAAGACUGGGAGGAUUCGGAGUUUGCUGAUUUUCCUCUGGAGGAUCAUAAUUCUAGGUGCUACAUAUGCUGGGAAGACUAUCAGCCUCCUAGGCGGAAGUCCUUAGGGACCGCAGACACAUCGCCGAAUCCAGGUCCCGAAUUGCUCAAACAGUUCGCAUGUGGACAUGUUUUCCAUCAACGAUGCGCGACGCAUUGGAUGCGUGAAAAUGAUAGAUGUCUAUUGUGCAGGAGAAACCUUUGUCCACCCGAAGGUAGUCAGAUGGAGGAGGGCUGGUCUGCAAUGUACAACCUCUCCCGCGAUCGGGAAGGGACAGUCAGAAGAACCGUGCAACUACAACUUUUGUAUACCUUUGACUGGGAACGUACCUAUUAUGCACACUUCUCUGCGGACAGCAAACUCAUUGCAGUUGGGAGUGGCAGGCAAUUUUUGAGAAUACUCGAGAUUGCUACACUUUCAGUGAUUCGAACCUUGGGAGAGGAUCCAGUUUCCGCAUUUGCGUUUGGCCCAGAUGGAAAGACUCUUGCAACAGGACAUACAGAUGGUCGCAUUAGUCUCUGGAAUGGUGAUGCUAUCAAACAUACUGUUGUUGGACACAUUCAGACGGUAUGGGGGCUCGAAGUCACAACAGAUGGACGGCUGCUCAUGUCAGCAUCGGAUGAUAAUACUGUGUGGAUUUGGGACAUGACCAAUGGGACUGCUAUUCGUAACAUCAAAAUUCAUGAACUAGGAUUUGCGUCUAUUGCGCUGGAUGGACGCUUUGUCGCAGUAGGGCAGCAAGGUGGUAGGAUCAGAAUUUGGAGCUUGGAGACAGGCACUGUCACCAAGCGUUUUAAAGCCCACGGGAAUAGGGUGACCGACGCUGUUUUCACUCCUGGUAGUGACAAAAUGUUAACAGGGAGCGCUGAUAUGACGGUGAAGAUGUGGAAUACCAGCACGAUAUUGGCCGAUACAGCAGUGCAAGGCGGAGUCAAUGAAAAUACUCAGGAGCUAGAACAUUCCGGUGGUUCUGCGUCUCAAACUUCAUUCAAUGUUACCAGGGACAGUGGGACGUUUGUUGGCCACCAGUCUCCAGUGUGGGCAUUAGGUAUCUCGUGCGAUGGCCGUUGGGUGGUGUCUGGCGACAAUAGUGGCAAAGUCCAUAUCUGGGAUGCUAAGACGACAGUGGUGCAGUGCAUUUUGCAGGGCCAUGACUCCGCACAAUUGAUAGCAGUAAGAAUGAGUCCAAACAAUGAGCUGAUUGUCACUUGUGAUGACAAUGGUCGUGUUCGUAUAUGGAGAUUUACAAAACUAGAGUCUCAGUACAGGGAGACAUCGCAAGAGUUAGUCGCCUCACUGCAUCCAGCACCCUCUGUCAGUGAUCACAUCACUUCCUCAACUCGGCCAGUCGGAUCUUCCUCCGCACAGCCAAGUGUUAGUCCCGACAGCCAGCAUUCUCGCCUCACACACGAAAUAUCUGUCAACCCAGAGCAGAUUGAUCACUCAUCGCCUUCGACAACUGAUCCGACUCUGCACUCUUCAAGUCUAGUCUCACAGCUAGCUGUAGAUGUCGGUUCUCCUGCAACCACUGAAGGAACAGUCUCUAACUCCCCGCUGGAAUCUAUCGGGAGUAAGAUCUCUACCAAAUUGCGGCGACUCCUCGGCAGGGCUUCCAUGCACAGGCGUACGUCUCAGCGUCGAGGCGAAUGUUAG